AUGCCCGAUUUGCAUGGACCUUAUCUGGACAAAUGCCUCUGCGUUGCAAUGGAAGAUAUUGGUGGCGAGAAUGCUCCCGAGAAAAGCAAACGAAUUAGAGAAUUACUAAUUGACGGAGCGUCGCCAAAUUCGGUUGAUGAGAAUAACCGUCAUAUUAUAUGCGAACCAUCACUGCGUGGAAACGUUGAAGUUCUUCUACUGCUUGUGGGCUUUGGGACUAAUGUGAACUUUUUCCUAAAACCAGAGGGGGAUAGCACGGCAAUCGGCCCGAGCAAUGCGGCCGAUGCUGUGGCAGCACUAGGACGGCAGAUCUGGAAUCGAGGCGGGCAGGUCCGCUUGGGUGAGGACAUGGGCUCCAACUCGUCGGUGGAUCAGAUUGACAGAGAGGAAUCGGCAGUAUAUGGCAGUCGCAUGUCAACUGAUCGGCAAGCUCCCCUGCAAAUGUGCGUCCAAUCGGGGAACACAGCAGCGGUCGCUAUUCUGGCAAGACACACGAAUCUGUUGAUAAUGGAGGAAGAGGAGGAGGACAACAAUCGUCUGGCUGCGAUGAGGUUGCUCACGCGAGGACCAGUGCUGGAUCCGUUGGCGCCUAUUCUGAAGGCUUCCCUACUGAUUCGAUACGAGGUGUUGGCCGCCGCGGUGAUGCAGGGGUGCCAGUCUGUGGCAUUGAGAAUAAUAACAGAUGGGAAGAGGAAACAGGAGAGCACAGGCGUCGAGUUUGACGUCAUGCGAAUUUUCUACGGAUAUGAAGCUGCAGGAGUGCCUAUUAUCCCCAUGUUUCGAAUGCCGCUGCUGCCAGCUGAGCUGGCAGAAAAAUACGGCAAUGAUAUCGAGGGACGAAAUCUGAUCCAUUUGGCGGUUGAAAACGGUCAAGUAGAGAUGUUGGAGGCUCUGAUAAACACUAAUUUGUUCCCAUUGCCAUAUGCAUUGGAGGCUCCUACUGAGCCUAAUCCGGCGCCACAAAUCGAGAUGCCUAUGCUGGCCGCUGGGGCGGGCCAUACGCCGCUCCAUUUGGCGGCAUUGAAGGGAAACAUCGACGUUGUUACAAGCCUUGUUGACGCGGGAGUAAAUGUGAAUAUCACUAAUAGACUUGGGCAAACGAUACUCGACGUGGCGCUUAAAUACGACCAGGAGGAUGUCGUUAAUUUCAUACGAGCUCUCGAUCUCUACGACGCUGCCAAGCAGGGCGAUAUAGGAGUCUUUGACCAUCUCGAUCUGCGCAAGAGAGAGCACAUGACGAUCUUAAAGCGGCCGCACAGAAGAGAAACUUUCCGUUUUUUGAUAAAGUUGUGA